AGUAAUCCUUCCUUUAUUCCUGCUAUAGAUAGCCUACCGAAAGCCAAGCGAUAGACAUGGCUGCCAGCACGACAACACUCUCCCUGUCCGCCCCCAUCUCACUCCCCUCCUUGCCUGCUCUGCAUCCUGUCCUGGCAUUCUACGCCAAGUACGCAAAAGACUUUCAAGAUCUCGCAAACACCCCCGCAGAAGCAUACUACACACGCGACGCCUAUAUAAAUCUGCCCCACGGGGCGUCCUUUACCGGGCGUGACCGCCUCUGGGCCUUUUACAAGCAGCUGUACGGGAUUUUCCGAGCCAAUCCAAUAGAGCAGUUUUAUACGCUCACAGUUGUGUCGGAUGCUGUAGGCACACACACUCUGCAUAUGGAAUACGUUAGAGGUUUGCACAGCCACGAUGGUUCCUCUAUUACGCGAGUUCCUCAGGUUUUUGUAUACGAAAUUGGCCCAGCCGCUGAGGGGGAGGGCACCGAUGGCCUGCAGAUUCGUGGACUUCGAUGCUAUUACGAUGUUGGCCUCAUGCGAGCGGCAGCCAAGGCUGAGGGUGUCGAGGUCAUAGAAUUUGAGAGCGCGUAGAGGCGUGAUGGGUGCAGAAAUUGGGUUAGUGCAACAAAGGAGCAAGAAGAAAAAGAACAAUGAGUAGAUAAAAUGUCGGUAGGGUAUUCUGGAGACCCUUAUGUAUGGUACAUAUUAGAUUUAUUACUUAACAGCGAUUGAUUGACUAAUUAGCAGUUAAAUAACGGCAGCUAAGCUUCUGAAAGGCCGCCUAGCUCGUUAAUCAUGACGAUGGUAGCAUGUUAAAAGCUAGUUAUAUAUGUACGGCUC